AUGGUGCCGUCCGGGCGGCGACGAGGUGGCUCGGUCCCGGCUGGGGGCUGCGGGCAUCCAGUCCCUUCCCGGGGCUGGAUCCAGGAGCUGGCAAAGAGAGGAGCCGCUCCGACGGCCGGGGGGACGGGCGGGAUUCAGGGGAGGGGGGCAGGCGCCGAGCUCGGCAGACAGCAGCGCGCCCACAGCGCGGAUCCGGAUCCAGUGGGAGGCGGCGUCGCAGGAGGAGCGGAGCGAGGGGGCGGACCCGGCGGCGGCAGCGCCGUCAAUCAGGCAGGCACAAAGCGGCCAGGCGCGCAGACAUGUGCCGGUGGCUGGCUCCGGCCCCGAGCAGUGCCGCUGCCCAAACUCCCGGGAGAGGAUAGACGGCGCCCCCCCCUGCCGCCGCCGCCCCCCCCCCCGUGGGCACCCGGUCAGGGCAGAAGGCGGCUGCUGCUGCUGCUGCUGCUGCUGGGGUCUGGCGGGCAGCAGCAACACCCCCCUGAGCCUCCUCCCACCCAGCCCCCAGCCCCGGUUGACUCGCGAGCGAGCAAGCCCCAGUGCAGUGUGGACGUCUGGAUCCUGGGAGCGCCGAUCCCGCAUCUGCCCUGGUUUGCAUUGGGAUGGGCUGGCUUCCCAGAGUUGCCGGUUCUUGGAGACGACCCCAGGCCGCCCCUGGGCUGGGAAGCCUGGCAACUGUAA